AUGUCCGAGUUGGUGAAAACGCUUGUGCUAAGACCGGACAUCUCCAGACCGAGAUGGGAUCAGAACACAUUCGAAGGCAGAUCUAGGCACUUUUUCGCAAUCACAAACCCUUUAAAUCUAUUCAACACAGACACUCAGCUCAGAAGAUAUAGGAGGAUAGUGGAAGACUAUGGGAAAGGCGAAGUCUCAGACACUCUAACGGUUGAUCAACUAUGGAAAGCUAAACAUAUUGUUGACUCUGCAUAUCAUCCAACUACAGGCGAAAAAAUGACCCUUAUCGGUAGGAUGUCAGCGCAAGUACCAAUGAAUAUGGCAAUCACAGGAGGAAUGUUAACUUUUUACAAAUCACCAGCAGCUGUGAUUUUUUGGCAAUGGUUGAACCAGUCUUUCAAUGCCGUUGUCAACUACACCAAUCGUUCUGGAGAGGGUGGCGGUGUUUCGGAGCUGCUCACGUCAUAUGUUGCUGCCACCGGUGGGGCACUGGUUGCUGCACUUGGUUUGAACUCUUUAGUGAAGACUGCACCUCCUCUUGUUGGACGACUCGUCCCAUUUGUUGCUGUAUGUGUAGCUAAUGCUAUCAACAUUCCAAUGAUGAGGAGAGGUGAACUCACAAACGGUAUAGACAUUGUGGAUGCGGACGGUAAUAAAUUAGGAUCAAGCAAAUCUGUUGCACGAUCAGCAAUUGCUCAAGUUCUUGUUUCCCGUAUAGGAAUGGCUACUCCCACUUUUGCAUUGAUUCCUGCCAUUGUCAAUGCCCUCGAGAAAAAGCCGUACUUCAAGACUUCUGCGAUAUCUCUGUGUGCUUUAGCUGCACUGCAGGAAACACACAUGAGGGAUCGGCCCGUCAUCAGCAUCGAAAAUUACACCAUAUACUGCGGCGAUGCUGAUGAGAAUAAAGUAGGUGGCUGCGCGAUAGCUGUGAGGAACGAUUACAAGAACCUGGUGGAGGACUUGGCUCAACUUCGUCUAGAUGCGGCUUUCUACGACUGCGGGAUCGCAGACGACGUAAACUCUGGAUCUGCGUUGAUGUCUAAAAUACCAAGCCAGCAGGUGGUCGUUGUCGGAAUCGACGCAAAUGCGAAGAUGGGACUCGAACAGCAAUCCGAUGUGCUAGGAAAAUGGUACUAUGCAGCGGAGCGCACAUCGGACAACGGUGACCGUCUGGUCGACUUGUGCGAACAGACGGGCCUCAUCAUCGCUUCCACGUUUAAGAGGAAUCAUCGACGCCAUCAGCUCACGUGGCAGGGGUCAACCCUAUUAACGCCUGAGGAGCAGCGCAAGCGGAAGAUGAGGACUCUUAAACUUCAGCUCCACUACGUUCUGGCGAGGAACAUUCCUCAGUCAGAUAUCCGAAAAUCUAGAGCUGUUUGGGACGUCGCGUUCGACUCUGACCACCGUCCAGUUCUUCUCAGCUUCAAGAUACAGUUCCACAAGAGAAACCGAGGAGUUCCUCUUCAACCGAAAAUCGACAUGGCAGGACGCUGCAAGGGAAACGCUCCCGGUUCUAUUGCCGCGGAAGAAGUUGCCUUUGCAUCUGCGGAAACAAAAUCCACAUACAAUUCUGUAUUUGUCGCGCGCAGCGCUGGUGACUUCAACCAGGAAAAGCGUCUUAGAAGGAAGCUGCGUUGUCAACUGCAACAAGACCGCGAUAACGAGUGGACGUCAAGAGCGAUGGAGUUUGAGAAGGCGUGGGAGGACAGGAACCCGCGGAAAGCCUACGCCCUACUAAAACAGUAUAGCGGCAAAAUGAAAAGAUGUUCUCAUGUCCUCAGCACUGCUAAUGGGGUAGCUGUCGGUGAAGCAACCCUUCCAAUUUGGAAGGAACACUUCAAGACCUUGCUGAGCAGGCUAGCACCGUCAGCUCCUGAACUCGGACACGUUCAUAGACGUGCGGUUAACGAGGAGCCACCGACCGAGUCGGAGGUCCUGGUCUGUAUUCAGAAAAUGAAGAAUAGAAAAUCUGGUGGAGACGACGGGAUUAGCGCAGAAAUGCUAAAAUAUCUUCCUCCGUCUGGGAUUCGUGAGAUGUGA